GGAAUGUGUGAUCUGGAGUCCGCCUGAUCACUGAGCACCGCUCCUCUCGUCCUUCUCGCACCAAGCAGGAGUAAAUCAUUGAUUCAAGCUCUCGCUGUUAGACAUUGGCGUGGAAGGAUUCUGCAGUGACUUUUUCUAUAUACCGUAUUUUGGAUCCACUCUUUACUCGAUCGGAAUCGUUUUCUCUCCUCCUCGGCUGGAGAAAAGUUUGCUUUCAGACCCAAACACAGCUGGACUCCGCAGAUGUAAACAGCCGCUAUAAAAGAGCGCACCUUAAAACCCCCGCGUCUUCCAACAUGGAUCCAGAGUCACUGAGAAGGUGAAGACCACAAGUGUUAAAUGUUCACUGCAAGCCCUCCAGCAACACAGCAACUGCUCAUUUAACUGCUGUCCUGCUCAGUGACUAUAUUUACGAUGGCGUCUAGUCUUACGUGCACUGGUGUUAUCUGGGCCCUGCUGUCACUCCUGUGUGCUGCUGCCUCCUGCGUUGGCUUCUUCAUGCCGUACUGGCUGCUGGGAACACAGAUGGACAAGCCUGUGUCUUUUGGCACCUUCCGUCGUUGCUCAUACCCGGUACGAGAUGAGGAGAAACAGAUCACGGUCAUGGUGGAGCAAUGCGGCCGCUACGCCUCCUUCCAUGGCAUCCCGAGCCUGCACUGGAGGAUCUGCACAGUGGUGACGGGCGUGGGAUGCGGCCUCCUACUGCUGGUGGCCCUCACAGGUGUGAUGGGCUGCUGCAUCUCUGACCUCAUCUCUCGUACGAUCGGACGCGUGGCCGGUGGCAUCCAGUUCGUUGGAGGUCUUCUCAUCGGGUCAGGCUGUGCACUCUAUCCACUGGGAUGGGACAGCGAAGAAGUCCAGCAGACCUGCAGUAACAGCUCCGACCAAUUCAAACUGGGUUCCUGUCAAAUUGGCUGGGCAUACUACUGCACAGGGGCGGGCGCCGCCACUGCAAUGCUCCUUUGCACCUGGCUCUCCUGCUUUGCCGGGAAGAAGCAGAAGCAUUACCCGUACUGACAAGAGAAUCGAAGAGAAAGGGACAGACUGAGACCUCGGGACUCCAACUGUGUGGACUCAGACAGGUACAGCACACCAGGCACCAAAGACGGCAAGUCAUUAUGGUGCUCAGCACAAACUUCAGGAAGCGUCUCAUCUGACGACUGCAGAGACUGUUUCAUAAUGCAGCACACAUAUGGCUCUGAAAGUUCCUAAAAGAAAGACAUAUGGACCAAGCUUAUUAGUAAAGUUGUUACACUAUUCUUUUAUUUCUUUUAUCUGUACCUCCUACAGUCAUUAAUGUUUAUGUGAUUGUGUGGUCUGUAAAGAGCAGAAAAUAUAUUCCCGUUUUAUUCCAGAAUUGUUCCCAUCCCUUCCGUGUCUCUCAUUCUUGCCUUAAACAACCUAAAAUGCAAUAAUGCUUGUUAUGAUAAGCAGUUUAGAAAACUGGCCGCCUUGCUCCUCGGCUCAGCGUUUUUUCAGAUUUCACAAAUUUAAGCAGAGUUUAUUUAACACGUUCAUAAGAUAUACAAAGUGUAUGGUAUUGUAUUUUAUCAUUUUAUCACCUGUUUUGUAUUCACUCUCAAAUAAUUCUUUGUCAUGCUUAUUGUUUUGUAAAUAAAUG